CUGAAAGCAGCCAAAGUUCAAAAGUAUGGCGGCGGAGUUUUUGACAACAAUUACAGAGCAGUGGAUACGGGACAAAUUACAAAUAACACACCCAUGUCUCGGUGAUGUUCGUUCACUGAGUCUCCCGGGGACACAGGAGGAGAAGAUCAGACAUCUCGGGAAUGCACUGAACAACUUUGUCCGUCUGAAGUCUCUGGAUCUCUCCUGUAACGCGCUCGUUUCCAUUGAGGGGGUCCAACACCUGAAAAUGCUUGAGAGACUGAUCCUGUACUAUAACUGCAUCCCGUCCCUUGAAGAGAUAAAAGUGCUGUAUGAGCUGAAGGCUUUGAAAGAGCUGGACCUUCGACUCAACCCUCUGACCAAAAGUUCCCCAAACUACCGUCCUUAUCUGGUGCAUGCAAUGCCCAGCCUACGCAAGCUCGAUAGCUGCUCAGUCAGAGACACAGAGCGUAAGGCUGCCAUAAUGCAGUUCUCCUCUGAUGUUCUACCUCACCUGAAGAGCUCCGGUCCACACCACGUUAAAGACAAAAGAUGCAUUGAUCAGAGACUGGCUCUUGUUAACCGAGUAACCAAGAGGUUCUCUCCCCUGACUGACACCAAUGACAUUGUAUUGAACUUUGUGGAGAUGAAUCACCAAGGCCAAAGUGAAACCACCUCUGUGCACAAAGAGGCAGAAGAACCAAGAGAGGAAGGAUCAAAAUAUUUUACGGAGCCGAGGAGUUCAACUCCAAAACAGGAACUGGCUAAAUCCAUCCUAAGACAGUCCUCCAAAAAACAUGAGUCCUCGGUGCCACACAUGAAAGAGCCAUCUCUUAAAAAAAGCUCUACCUCAUUAAAAGUGAACGACGGACCAAAGGUUUCGUUUGGCCCUUGUGUGGAGAAACACAGACCUGUGCCUGGUAAACCAAAGGAUUUCCCCAAACAAACCAGACAUGUGGCCAAAGGCUAUUUCACCCCCAAUCCUGAUCAAAGUCACGUUCAUUGUUCUUCAUUUAUUAACAUCCGGCCUCCCAGUCCACGUAGUUCUGGUUUGAAUCCGUCUGACCGCUCUAACCCCAUCUUACAUCCUCCAAGACUGACCUACUCCAGCUUUAAUAAGACAGAGGGGGGCUCCAGCCCGCCGCAGCACACAGAAAAGGCAAAAAAGGGAAGUUACAGGAAACCCCUGGAGAUGCUUCUUAAUCUCGUGGACAAACACUGGACAGGAGAGAGAUCGCUUCAUCACAAUAACAACUUCCUGUCUCAGGCAGUCCACAUCCUCUCUAUGAUGGAGAGCGAUAUUUCCUGCAGGGAGGCUCAGGUCAGGACCUUAAGACGGGAAACUAAUUCACUGACCUUUCAAGUGGCUGCACGAGAGGAAGAGCACAGAGCUGAAGUCUGCAAUCUUUCUGCUCAGCUGGAAGAAACUCGCAGCGCCGUUGGCAAACUAAAUGAACAGCUGAGAACUGUCUUGGAGGAGAACGUCGCUCUACAGAAACAGCUGAUCAAGUUGGAACGAAAGUACCUGAAGUCUAUGACGAAAAGCUCACCAAUGUCUCAGAUUAAAGAUGCUCAGACAGAAGUGGAGGAGCUGAAGAAAGAGAUCGAGGGCCUGAGGGAGAAAGUGCACGAGGCUGAGAAACUUCAAUAGGCUGAAAGAAAGCCAGGUCCCCGGUGGCUACCAGUGUUUGUGAGAGCUGAUGUGAAGUGUGGAACAUUAAAGAAGCAUCGGAAUGAGGAGAUGCACACCAGUAUGAAAAUAUGCAGCAUUUCAUAUCAGCUCCUGCAGCUGAAGACUUUUUUACUUCAUUUAUGUUACUACACUGUACAUCAGAUUUCUGUGAGCAUUAUGUUCCCCAGUCCAUUUGAUAAAUGUUUAUUAUUUAAAAAAAAGAAUAUGUAGAAGACGGUGUACGCUUGAUGUAAACAAAACAAGGGGAAAGACAAUUCAUUCAUGCACCGUUGUGUAUAAGUGUGUGACAGAGCUGUUAUGUUAACAGAUGAUUUUAGGUAAGAAAAAUGUUAGUGAGAGGCUCAUGGUUUAUUUCCUGGAUCAGUAGCAAGGUGGUGUCUCUUGGCUGUUUUCCUUAUUAUUAUGACUUUUUUAGGUCAGUUGUGUGUCCAUCUGCUUUGUAUGCUGUGGUGGAAUGAAUGCAUCGAGAUUCCAGCUGCACUGUGACUUUAUUUAUACUUCUGCCUUGGGGCUGGAGCGCUGCACACACAUGCACUUUACUCUCGCUGACACUAAUGCAAGAGCUGGCAAAGCGGGUUAGGAUGUGGGUUCUACAUGAACUCGGUUUGCCAAUGUUGGAGAUGACUGGAAAGGAGAUCCACAGUGUUGCAAAACAUAAAACCACCGUGACAUGCUCAGCGGAGGUUUUGGGAUGUUUAUUUUAUUUUUCAAUAAAGCACUACAAAUCAUGAACACACACUUUAAGUAUAAGGAACCAGAACAAAACACACUGCAUGCACCGGAGCACAACAGUACAUUAAAAGGUUUUCUUUUUUCUUAAAAAAGACACGGUAUUGUUCCUCCACAUUAAAGGUGCACAGUAUUUGGCAUUAAGCACUGACGACAGGUCAAACCGUACACUAAAAAGCUGCUAGUUUCAAAAUUGGUGCGUGGAUCACCGUCAGCUGACACUACAGGUAUUGUGUGUGACAAAUAUGGUAAAAAUUGCCUCACAAUUUUGGAAAAAUAUUCUAUAAAAGUCGAUUAUACUUGUUUGUUAUAUUCACUUUAUGUUGUACCUUGGAUGAUGAGUACCAAAAAUGUAAGGUCAUCUUUAGAAUAGUUUUAGAGGAUGGCUUACUUUG